UUUGUACAAGGGGGAAAAAAACGACUGUGGCUGCAAACAUCCACCCUCCGACAUGGCAGGAGAAGGCCAGACGAUUGUUAGUGUUGUCCCUGAUGACGAGGGUGCAGAAAAGUUCAAGACAUGUGACCAAGUGGCAUUUUACAGGCGCAGGAUCCAGACUCCCAACUUGCAGUACAAAGCCCUGCUGGACACCAUGGUGCUCUCAGAGACGGGGGCCCUGUUUGAAGUGUCAGAACAUGAUACUCAGGUGAGACUGCUGUUAUGUGUGUCCCCCUGCAAAAGUGGGAUUGUGAGGAUUUUAAUCGACGAGCUUCGACCUGUUAAAGCACGGUACCGGGUUCCAGAUGUGCUGACCGGACAGCCACAGUCUGAACGGUUGAGAGUGGAGAGGCAGAGCGAGGACUCGGUCACUCUCUCUUGGUCCUCGGGAGCUUACCGGAUUCACGUGUGGCACUCCCCCUUCCGUCUGGACAUCCUGUGUGGGGAGGAAGUGAUGGCCACGUUCAACUCCCAAGGCAAGCUUUGGUUUGAGACACUGCAGGAUCCACCCAGAGACACGUUUAAUGGUGGUGAGGAGGAUCCCUCGGGCUUGUGGAAAGAGACUUUCCGGCAGUUUGUGGAUGUCAAAGUGAACGGUCCCAGCAGUAUAGGGGCAGACCUCUGUCUCCAUGGGUUUAGCCAUGUGUACGGCCUUCCAGAGCACGCCGACAGCCUUCUCCUCAAGGACACCAGAGAUGGCGGACCUUAUCGGCUGUACAACCUGGAUGUGUUUGCCUAUGACAUUUACAGUCGCAAUGGCUUGUAUGGGUCUGUGCCACUACUAGUGGCCCACAGACCUGACUGGUCUGUGGGUGUGUUCUGGCUCAAUGCAUCAGAGACGUUUGUGAAUGUUUAUUACAGCCACCACGACGAGCAGGAUAACCCUUCACCCCCUGCAAAAAGGAGACGGGUCCCUCCUUAUACGGACGUCCAAUGGCUGUCGGAGAGCGGCGUGAUUGACUGCAUGGUUCUGCUUGGCCCCACUCCUCAGCAGCUCUUCACCCAGUACGCCCAGCUGACGGGCUAUCAAGCCCUUCCCCCUCUCUUUUCCCUGGGCUACCACCAGUGCCGGUGGAACUAUGAUGACGAAGCCGACGUGAGGGCUGUGGAUGCGGGGUUUGACCUUCACCGCAUCCCUUAUGACGUCAUCUGGCUGGACAUCGAACACACGGAUGGGAAGCGUUACUUCACCUGGGACCCGGUCUCCUUCCCUGAUCCAGUUGGCCUGCAGCGCCACCUAGAGCAGAAGAAGAGGAAGAUGGUGGUCAUCAGUGAUCCCCACAUCAAGGUUGAUCCAGAAUGGCCCCUCUAUUGUGAAGCCAGGGAUGGUGGCCAUUUUGUCAAAGACAGAGAAGGGAAGCUCUACCGCGGGUUAUGCUGGCCUGGUGAGUCCUGCUAUCUCGACUACAGCAGCUCGGCCACUCGCGCCUGGUACUCCAGACUUUUCACCCUGGAUAAAUACAAAGGAUCAACUCCGGCGUUGUUUGUGUGGAAUGAUAUGAAUGAACCGUCAGUGUUCGGGGGCCCAGAGCAGACCAUGCCAAAGGACGUGGUGCAUUCUGGAGGCUGGGAACACCGGGAUUUACACAACCUGUAUGGCUUUUACCAGCACAUGGCUACGGUGGAGGGGCUGAUCACCCGCUCAGGCGGCUCGGAGAGACCUUUUGUUCUGUCCCGCUCCUUCUUUGCUGGAUCACAGAGACUCGGAGCUGUGUGGACCGGGGACAACGUUGCCAGCUGGGAGUACCUGAAGAUCUCCAUCCCAAUGCUCCUGAGCCUCAGUCUGUGUGGGAUAUCUUUCUGUGGAGCGGACGUUGGGGGCUUUAUGCAAGACCCGGAGCCAGAGUUGUUGGUUCGCUGGUACCAGGCCGGCGCCCUGCAGCCUUUCUUCCGGGGCCACUCUGCCAAAGUGACCAAGCGCCGGGAGCCCUGGCUGUUCGGAGAGGAGGUGACCGCCGCCAUCCGCACUGCCAUCCAGCAGAGGUACUGCCUGCUGCCCUACUGGUACUCCGUCUUCUACCAGGCUCAUGUCUCGGCCUUGACCCCUCUCAGACCACUGUGGGUAGAGUUCCCGGGAGAACAGAGCACCUUUACUGUGGACACCCAGUUUAUGAUCGGAGGAGCCUUGUUGGCCUGUCCUGUAACUGAACCCGGGGCUGAAGAGGUCAACAUUUUACUUCCUGGAUCUAGCCAGAAGUGGUAUGACAUCCAUUCCUGGAGGGCUUAUGAAGGAGGACAGACGCUGAGUCUUCCUGUGGCGCUGGAAACAGUGCCUGUGUUCCAGCGGGGGGGCACGGUGGUCCCCAGGACAACAGGAUGUGGCUCCUGUACGGCCGAGCUCCAGCAAUUUCCCCUCUCCCUCACUGUGGCUCUGGACUCAGAUGGCCUUGCGGCUGGUGAGUUGUACUUGGACGACGGCCACUCACUCAGUUACCGAGACCGAAAGGCCUUCCGCCUGCGCCAGUUCCACAUGCUGGCAGGCCAGCUGCUCUGCCGGGGAGCCAGUGAGGAGGGGGAGUAUGAGAGCGACUGGGCGGUGCAGUCUGUCACUAUUCUGGGAUUAACCAGCAAACCGUCCGCCAUAUCAGUGCACUACAGUGGUACUAAGAAGAUCGCUACUGCCCUUCACUAUGAGGAGGCUCUCCAGGCACUGAUGGUGGGGAACCUCAACCUUCAGGUUCUAACAGACUGGCAGAUUCAAUUAGAAUAUUAGUUACAUCACUCACUGCCUUCCCUUUAAGAGUUGGUCUUCAUGGAAGGAAACGGUCAGGUUGACACGGUCAGAAGUCGGAUCACGGUAAACCACCAAGCGUGGUCAACGUUCGAGAAGCCAUCAUGGCGACGCUGCCCUAGCAAGUAGGAAUACUCGUGUUAUGAUGUUUUGUAGUAACAUGGAAAAAGGAUGAAAACAAGACAGACUUUGGAAAAAAUGAUUGGACAGUCUUGCUCAAGGACUGUCACUGAUACAAUCAUACAGUGACAACAGGAACUUGCAACAACUGACAUGCCAUAGACUUGAAUAUCAAACAGCUAUUCCUGGGCUUCAGAGAAAUCUGGUUAUUUCAAGCCAUGUUAACCCUGUAACUGAAAUACUGCCUUUCACCGAUUACUCCCAGUAAUCGUUUUAUUGGUUUCCUUGUCUACGUGCUCAUUGAUACACAUUGUACAUGAACAACAGGACAUCUGACUGUAAAAAACAAUGGAGCAGUGAAGGAUAAACUAUGAGCCAUAUAUUGCAAAAUUCAAUUGAAUGUUCUGUAUAUUAAUAUACCUGUGUCGCUGUGGGCAAGAGAAGCUGAAGAAUUGCAGCUCAGCAGUCCAUCCACUGGAUGUUUCAUGAAGUUCUGUAUUGUUUUAUCAGGGUGUAGUCAAAUCUGAGUUUACUGACUACAUUGCAAUAUUUUAUUGUGCUGCAGUCUAAUUUUAUGCUUUUAUUUGAAAGAGGACUAUUUUUUGUGAAAUUUUGUUGUGUAUCCAUCUAAAUGUCCAUCAACACCUUGUUUGGAUUCUGAAUGUAGCUGUGUGACGGCUGUCUCUCAUACUUUAGAGCCAUGGCUUGGAAAUAAAAGGUACAUUGAUGAUCUGCUUCAAAAGUAGCAAGUUAUUAGAGAGCCUUAAUACAUUUACCCAUAAAUUGCUGUGCAGUGACAAACACAUAUACA